AUGGCUGCUCCGCGAGUCCUGCCCCUUUGGCUGCUUGUGCUGUGCCUGAUCGGCUGCCACGACGCCACUGUCUACAUCCCGACAGUUUCUACGGCGCGCGUCGUAAAUUACAACGACUUUCUGGUCGUCCGUUUCUGGAUGGUGGACCCGAACCUUGCAUUCGACGUAGUGGAGGUGCUACACACUAGCGAAUGUCGACAUUUGUGCCUGGCCUCAGGCUGUCAGGCCUUCAGUGUUCGUUCCCUUGGCUACGAUCGAUUCGAGUGCUCGGUAACUGACGUCAGCAUCUACAGCACCUCCUGGUUCCGCCCUGAACGCGACUCUGUCUACUACCUCCGCCGAGAUUCUCAGGACCACCUAGGACAGGACAACCUGGUGUACCGACGACUCAACACGAGCGUCGUGGGCUUCAACGCUACGAAAGCUGCAUGUGAAAAAGUGACUGGUUUCCGAAUGGCGACCGUGAGGUUCCAAGAACAAAUGCCCAUCAUGCUGGAGCUUUGCUUGGGGGAAACACCCAGUCCUGCAUCAACCUGUACUGGCAACUCGUCUUUCUACGUCGAUAUGCAAAAGGUGAAUGGCCAACCGAUGGUCAACGGGCAGAUUCCAUUGAAUGCGACGAAUUUGCUUUCUAACGUCAGCAUCCUCAUUAACGGCGGCAGUGAAUCAAAUGUCUUCAUCUACGGUGACAACCUGCAACUCCAUGAUGACAUACCCACUCUUGACUUGCUGCCGGUGUGUCAGGCCAACCCUUAUAACGUUCCCUGGUAGAUGAUCGACCCCAAAGACGUCACUGGAUGAUGACAUGUCACUUGAUGGCAGUUCAAAAGGACUACUUGUAUUCAAAGCUGACCUGUCCACACUGAGCAAAGGGUUGUAUUGUACUGUGUACAAAUAGUAACAUUUUCUACACGUAGCAAUAGGUCAUACUGGGUCUUUCCGGGUCAUACUGGGUCAAGAUUACUCAAAAAUGGGUAAAAAAUUAAUUUCUAUAUGAACAAAGUUUCCACAUUUCUCUGAGUGUAGCCACUUGUCCGGGUUCCCAUGGGAUACGUAGUUCGAUUAAGCGACAUGAAUAAUUGCUUGGCAAUUUGAAUAGCUAAAAUUUGAUUUGAAAAAAAUACACUGGUUUGAAAUCAAAAUAACUUAGUGUAGUUACUAGUAAAUAUUGUCAGUA